GAGUACCGAAUCGGUACUUCGAGUCAACCGAUGUACCCGUUACUCAGUAACGAAUACAUGCGGUUUGCUCCAGCUCUAUUCUUUUAUCAGUUAGAUUUUAUACUGAGACGUACUGUUGUUAUUCUGUGCCAAAUGGAGGACAGAUAUGUCUGUGAGUUAAGAAAUCUGGGAAAAGAUGAACCCAGCUGUGUGCAAAUGUCUAGCCUUCAGUCUCCUCACAACUCAAAGUGCAAAUAUCUGGGAAAUUCACUUUUGCAACUUUUACAAGAGCAGAAAUUCCUAACAAAUGAAACCAUCAGAGUCAAACACAAAAUUAAAACAGAGAUAAUAGAGCUAACUGCACUUCUGAAAAAAAGAGAGCUUGAGCUGUGUGGAAAGGUGGAUGACAUAUAUCAGUAUUGGAAUUCAUAUAUUAUAAAGGAAAUGGCUAAUCCAAAUAAUACCAAGUUGGAUAGUAUUUGGUUCAGAAAUAAAACAGACUACGUUUCUUCAUUUGAUGAGUUAAAAAAUUUGAUUAAGGAAUAUGGAACUCUUGGAACAUUUGAAAAUAAAAAUAGGUCAUCUUUGGAUUUGAAUGAUAGGCAUGCAACCAAUAAAAGUGCAUCUGAUUUAAAUUUUAACCCAGAAAUAUCCAAUUCUGAUAAGCAUGAUUUAGAAGGCAAGUUGGAUAUUUCAGAAGGAAAGGAACAUGACUUUAAAGAAGAAUGUAUGUCCAUGAAUUCAGAAGACUGCAUUGAAAACACAAAAGAAAAGUCAUCUACAGAAUCUUUGGAUUCCUUUGAAGUACUUGAUUCAAGUAAUGAUAUGAUGCCCAAGAAAUGCUUCAAAGAUUCAAGAGACCUAUGUAGACUGACACUGGAGUCAAAUUUUGCAUCCGAGAACCUCCAUAGCAUGGAAAAUUGGUGUUUUAAUCAAUGUAGACAAUCUUCAGAAGUAUCCAGUUGGCUAAGUAAUACUACUGAACCAAAAAAAUUGAAAAUGAAUCACAUCAUUCCUUCCUCAGUGCCAAACAAUGAAACCUAUUUACAAUAUGAACCCUCUUCACAACUUAAAAAUCAACUAAAUAAUCAAUUUCUUAAUACUUUUAGUAAUCAAGAAGCUAGUCAUUCACAGAGAGUAAAAUAUAUAUGUAUGAAUUUUAAAAAUGGUUUUAAUAUGAAGUCAUUUCACAAUGAUGCCUCUUCCGUUUCUGAAUGGCUCCAUAAAAAAGAAUCUGAUCAUGCAAAAUGCAUUUCACAGCAACUUAAGGAAGUCCCAACUUACACAGCUCCAUCAGAUUCUAUUAAACAAUCAUUUAAUUCAUUCUUAGUGAAAGAAAAUAAAAAUAACUGGUUAUACUGUAAUCCACAGACACACUAGAUAAAAUUAUUUAAAGAAAAGAAUAUAUUAAGGUUUCUUAUAAUAAAUUGUGACAAUUUUUUAGUUUUAUAUGUAGCUGUUAAAUUAUUACAAAUCUGUUAAAUGUAGAUUAGUUUAAUUUUUAUUUAUGGGAAGAAUUAUUUUUGUAGCUUUACUUUUUGUCUUAAAUUUUAAAUUCGUGAUGUUAAAUUUCACUUCAACUGAUCUGCAUUCUUCAUCUUAAGUGUUUGCAGAUGAUAAAGAAAUUUAAAAUGCAUGGAUUUUGAUGUUAUACUAUCCAUUGCAUUUGCUAGCUUAAUAUUUUAAAGUUAUGUUAUGUAUUAGAUUUUAAUUUUUGAAAUAUUAGCAUUAGACUGAUCUUGUAAAAUUCAUCAAUGUAUGUGGGAUAUACUAGAGUCUUAAUAAAUAUUUAUGUUGGACAUCA